ACUUGCCUUGACAACUUGCCCUCAACCCCCCCUCCCACUCUUUAUUUUGCACUAUCACAAUAGCCUAUAUAUUUCAACCCACAAAAGAAGAAAGCCCCUACCAAAAACCACAAACACAACAACACAACAUAAUUUCCUUUUCCAUGCCCCUCUCACCCUCUUCCAUGGCUUCAAUCCCACAAUUCUAUCAAAACUACACGUUCACCACUCACGAUCUUUCCGACUACCCUACCCCUCUUCUCAAUGGCGGUGGUGGCAGCAACGACAUCGUUAAUGCGUCGGUUAUGGACACCACCACCGUGUGGGGUGGUGGGCAAGAUAGCUUGAUUAAUAUUCCUGUGCUGGAUAUGAACAAUGGUGCACUUGAUCAUAUUGUGUCGCUUGAUUGCGACACCAUGGCUUGUGCUGCUAAUUGGAUGCCAUCUUUUUCUGAGCAGCUUGGGGGGUUUUCGGAUUUGGCCAUUUCGGACUGCAAAAUGGGGUUCUAUGGAGGGUUUCAGAGUUUCAACAACAACAGAUCGUACCAACCUCAUGUUGGGGAGUUUGGAGAUGAAUGUUGUGGGUUUGUGGAGGAUGUUAAGCCACCUGCUUAUCCUAAUGCUGCCAGAGAAAAUUGGGGAAUUCAAGGUAAUCAAAUGGCAGCAAUUGAAGAGCCUAACAUAAAGGUAGGAAGGUACUCAGAAGAAGAGAGGAAAGAAAGAAUUCUCCGAUAUUUGAAGAAAAGAAAUCAAAGAAACUUUAACAAAACCAUCAAGUACGCAUGUCGGAAAACCUUAGCUGAUAGGCGAGUAAGGGUUAGGGGAAGGUUUGCAAGAAACAAUGAGCUUUGUGAAGAAGACAUGGCAACAAAAAAGCAUCAGAAUCAUCAUCACCACAAAGGAGAUUUUUAUGGUGGCGAUUCAAUCCAGUUCCAGUUAAAGAAUGAUGAGGAGGAUUGGCUUCAAGAGGCCAUGGCAAGUCUAGUGUAUUUAUCUCAUUCUUCACCGGAAGAUAUGUAACUUAAUUAGAAUCAUUGAUUAUUCCACAUGGGAAGCUCUUGUUCAAGCAGAUGUGGAUUUGAAACUAGUAGUGCAAGGUGAAUAGGAGGAGGAGAGAGAGUUUAAUUACCACAGUUAAUUUCAAAAUUGUAUGCUAAUUUGUCUUCUUUUGAAAAGAAAAAAAAAUUAAGCACGUAGAUGUAAACUCUAAUUGCAUGGCGGUGUAACCAGCGGAUGUAGAUUGUUGAUGUUAAUUUUAUAGGCAUCUUUGUUAAGGAAUUUGAUGGGCCUAGUUUGACUGGAUACUUGGGUUGAUUGAAAGAUAUAAUAUUCCAUGGAAGGGACUUUAUGUUUGA